AGUUUCAAAAGUGCAGAUUGAUUUCACUUCUGCUCCAGGAUGCAUGCACGCCGGGCUGUGUGUGCGGCUAGUUAGGGAUGGGGGGAAUGGAUGUGUGUAAGGAGGGGGGUGUCCUAGAGCAACUCUACCUGGUUUUUCUCCCCUCCGCCUUUUUUUUACUCCUCUGUGGGUUCCCUUCGUCCCUUUCUACGUACAUCUUUAACGUAUUAUUUAAGCACUUCUAUCUCGUUUUAACCUUUCUUUUUAGAGGGUGGUGGAAAGACGGGGAGGACGUUCCCCUCCCCCCAAACAUACACCUCUCAUUUCCCCCCUCCCCCUUUCUUUUCUUUCCUCCUGGCCAUGCCGUCUCCUCCAGCACUCGGCUGCGGCCACUUGUGAGCUCUAUGCCCCCGCGCCUCCCCUGCCCCCCUCUCAGCACCACCUCCUCCCUUCCCACCCCCCCAUUAGCCAGCUUGUGUCUGGCGUCUGGAGAGCCCCCCCCACCUCCCCCUCCCAGCACUGUCCAUUGGCUUGUCCUGGUCUCUUUUUCAUGUCCAGCCCCUGAUGUGUGUCCAUUGGUGUUAGCCUACCCUUCCCUCCUCCCCUUCUCUCCUGCUCGCCCUGCCCAUGUUUUGUAUGUCUCUGUCCAUCCAGGCUCCUGACGUUCAAGUUCGCAGGGACGUCACGUCCGCACUUGAACUUGCAGCUCAGGGGGGCUUUUGCCAUUUUUUUCAUCUCUCUCUCUCUCUCUCUCCCUCUCUCUCUCCCUCUCUCUCUCCCUCUAUCUCUCCUCUCUCUCUUUUUUUUUGCCCAAAAAAAAAAAAGCCAUGACGGCUCUCCCACAAUUCAUCUUCCCUGCGCCAUCUUUGUAUUAUUUCUAAUUUAUUUUGGAUGUCAAAAGGCACUGAUGAAGAUAUUUUCUCUGGAGUCUCCUUCUUUCUAACCCGGCUCUCCCGAUGUGAACCGAGCUGUAGUUCACCAGCCGCCGCCGCCGCCGCCGCCGCCGCCGCCGCCUCCUACUCCACAACCCACCAUGUCUCGCCGCAAGCAAGGCAAGCCCCAGCACUUAAGCAAACGGGAAUUCUCGCCCGAACCUCUUGAAGCCAUUCUUACGGAUGAUGAACCGGAUCACGGCACGUUGGGAGCGCCAGAAGGGGACCAUGACCUUCUCACCUGUGGGCAAUGCCAGAUGAACUUCCCGUUGGGGGACAUUCUCAUUUUUAUUGAGCACAAACGGAAACAAUGCAAUGGCAGUCUCUGCUUAGAGAAAGCUGUGGAUAAGCCACCCUCACCUUCACCAGUCGAGAUGAAAAAGGCGUCCAAUCCUGUGGAGGUUGGCAUCCAGGUCACGCCAGAAGAUGACGAUUGUUUAUCAACGUCAUCUAGAGGAAUUUGCCCCAAACAGGAACACAUAGCAGAUAAACUUCUGCACUGGAGGGGACUCUCUUCCCCUCGUUCUGCACAUGGAGCUCUUAUUCCCACACCCGGGAUGAGUGCAGAAUACGCCCCACAGGGUAUUUGUAAAGAUGAGCCCAGCAGCUACACAUGUACAACUUGCAAACAGCCAUUCACCAGUGCAUGGUUUCUCUUGCAACACGCACAGAACACUCACGGAUUAAGAAUCUACUUAGAAAGCGAACACGGAAGCCCCCUGACCCCGCGGGUUGGUAUCCCUUCAGGACUAGGUGCAGAGUGUUCCCAGCCUCCACUUCAUGGGAUUCAUAUUGCAGACAGUAACCCCUUUAACCUGCUAAGAAUACCAGGAUCGGUAUCGAGAGAGGCUUCGGGUCUCGGCGAAGGGCGCUUUCCACCCACCCCCCCUUUGUUUAGUCCUCCACCGAGACAUCAUUUGGAUCCCCAUCGCAUAGAGCGCCUAGGGGCGGAAGAAAUGGCCCUGGCCACCCAUCACCCGAGUGCCUUUGACAGGGUGUUGCGGUUGAAUCCUAUGGCUAUGGAGCCUCCCGCUAUGGAUUUCUCUAGGAGACUUAGAGAGUUGGCAGGGAACACGUCUAGCCCACCGCUGUCCCCGAGCCGGCCCAGCCCUAUGCAAAGGUUACUGCAGCCAUUCCAGCCAGGUAGCAAGCCGCCCUUUCUAGCUACGCCCCCCCUCCCUCCUCUACAGUCUGCCCCUCCUCCCUCCCAGGCCCCAGUCAAGUCCAAGUCCUGUGAAUUCUGCGGGAAGACGUUCAAAUUCCAGAGCAACCUGGUAGUGCACCGGCGGAGCCACACGGGCGAGAAGCCCUACAAGUGCAACCUCUGCGACCACGCGUGCACCCAGGCCAGCAAGCUCAAGCGCCACAUGAAGACCCACAUGCACAAGUCGUCCCCCAUGACGGUCAAGUCCGACGACGGCCUGUCCACCGCCAGCUCCCCUGAGCCCGGGACCAGCGACCUGGUGGGCAGCGCCAGCAGCGCCCUCAAGUCGGUGGUGGCCAAGUUCAAGAGCGAGAACGACCCCAAUAUGAUCCCAGAGAACGGGGACGAGGAGGAAGAGGAGGACGACGAAGAAGAGGAAGAAGAGGAGGAAGAGGAGGAGGAGGACCUGACGGAGAGCGAGAGGGUGGACUACGGCUUUGGCCUCAGCCUGGAGGCGGCCCGCCACCAUGAGAACAACUCCCGGGCUGGCGAGGAGAACCGCUCCAUCCCCGACGUGAUGCAGGGCAUGGUGUUGAGCUCCAUGCAGCACUUCAGCGAAGCUUUCCACCAGGUCCUGGGCGAGAAGCAUAAGCGAGGCCACCUGUCUGAGUCUGAGGUACACAGGGACACUUGCGACGAAGACUCAGUCGCAGGCGAAUCCGACCGCAUAGACGAUGGCACUGUCAACGGGCGCGGCUGCUCCCCGGGAGAGUCCGCCUCGGGGGGCUUGUCCAAAAAGCUGCUCCUGGGCAGCCCCAGCUCGCUGAGUCCGUUCUCCAAGCGCAUUAAGCUCGAGAAGGAGUUCGACCUGCCUGCCACCGCGAUGCCCAACACCGAAAACGUUUACUCCCAGUGGCUCGCCGGCUACGCCGCGUCCCGGCAGCUCAAAGACCCCUUUCUCAACUUCGGAGACUCCAGACAAUCGCCUUUUGCUUCGUCCUCAGAGCACUCGUCGGAGAAUGGCAGCUUGCGCUUCUCCACGCCCCCCGGGGAGAUGGACGGAGGCAUUUCGGGCCGCAGCGGCACGGGAAGCGGUGGGAGCACUCCGCAUAUUAGUGGCCCGGGCCCUGGCAGGCCCAGCUCAAAAGAGGGCAGACGCAGCGACACUUGUGAGUACUGUGGGAAAGUCUUCAAGAACUGUAGCAAUCUCACUGUCCACAGGAGAAGCCACACGGGCGAAAGGCCUUAUAAAUGCGAGCUGUGCAACUAUGCCUGUGCGCAGAGUAGCAAACUCACCAGGCACAUGAAAACGCAUGGCCAGGUGGGGAAGGACGUUUACAAAUGUGAAAUUUGUAAGAUGCCUUUUAGCGUGUACAGUACCCUGGAGAAACACAUGAAAAAAUGGCACAGUGAUCGAGUGUUGAAUAAUGAUAUAAAAACUGAAUAGAGGUAUAUUCUUACCCUGCCCCCACCCACCCACCCAAACCUACCCCCACCUUUUUGCCCCUCCUUUUCCCCACCACCUGCAAACCCCCCCUCCCAUCUCCAGUAGAAUUUUUUCUAGUUCCUUGUGAUUUAAAACAAACAAACAAAAAAUAACGGAAGCUAAGAAUAUAAAGAAAAGUGCUUGUCACCAGCACACCUGUUUUUUUUCCUUUUUUUCCUUUUUUUCCUUUUUUUUUCCUUUAUGUUCUCACCGUUUGAAUGCAUGAUCUCUAUCGGGGCAAUACUAUUGCAUUUUACGCAAACUUUGAGCCUUUCUCUUGUGCAAUAAUUUACAUGUUGUGUAUGUUUUUUUUUUUUAUUUUGACUUAGACAGCAUGUAUGGUAUGUUAUGGCUAUUUUAAAUUGUCCCUGAUUAGUUGCUGGGCAAACAUGUUGCUGUUUCCAGUUCCGUUCUAAGAGAGAGAGAGAGAGAAAAAAGAGAGAGAGAGAGAAAAAAAAGACCAUGCUGCAUAAUUUCUGUAAUACAUAUCAUGUACAGUUUUGUUUUAUAACGUGUGGAGGAAAAGACAGUCUUUGGAUUAACCCUCUAUGGACAGGAUGGAUAGCACUGAAAAAAAAAUGCUGUAUUAGCUAGAUGUCUGUCUCUAAAGGGUUAAAUAUAUCAAUUGGAUAGGGGAAAAAAGGCCUUGAAUGGAUAAAUUAAGAGAAAAAAGAUAAAAGCAAAUUUGUACUAUCAUUUGGUUUUUAAAAUAUGAGUGCCUUGAAUCUAUUGAAACCAUGUUGAUGGUUCUUCCUACUUGUUAUAAACUUGUAGCUUAAUUCAACAUUGGGUAAGGUGAUAAAUCUUUAGGACCUAGCAUAUGAUUCUAUAUUGUAUUUCUCACAACAAUGGCUACCUAAAAAUAUGACCCAAUAUGUCCUAGUUAAUCAUCAUUCUCCCUUUAGUUUAAUUUAAAAAAAAAACAAAACUGAUUAUAGCAGUAUAAAAGCUAUUUUGCUCCUGGUGAGAGCUUAAAAGAAAUGGGAUUUUUUGCCCAAAGUUUUAUUUUUUUUAAUCAAUGAUUAAAUUGAAUGUGAAACGUGCAAAAGGCCCUGGAACAUGAUUAAAUACACUAGUAAGGAAAUUCAUUUAAUGAAGAUAUUUACUUUUAAUAAUAUCUUUUAUUGAUUCUGGCACCAAAACAAAUAAAUCCAGACCCACUUGAUUGUCAAGCUGACAAUCAGAUUAUAAACUUUAAGACCUUGUGUACCCAUAUAAAAAAAGAGGCUGGCAAUAAGAUUUUACAGAGUGUAACAGAUAGAAAAACAAAAAAUAAUUGUGAUCAUUAGCACAAUGUGGUAUUGUUUGCCAUUUUAAACUAGAACAGGUGUAUAAGCUAAUAUUGAUACAAUGAUGAUUAACUAUGAACUCUUAAGACUUGCUUUUAAAUGUGACAUUCUAAAAUAAAGAGAGAGAAAGAAUUUUAAGAGUAGCAGUAUGUAUGUCUGUGCUCCCUAAAAGUUGUACUUCAUUUCUUUUUCAUACACUGUGUGCUAUUUGUGUUAACAUGGAACAGGAUUCAUUUUUUUUUUUAUUAAGCUAGCAUCUGCCCCAGUUGGUGUUCAAAUAGCACUUGACUCUGCCUGUGAUGUGUCUGUAUCUUUUCUCUAAUCAAAGAUACAGAGGUUGAGUAUAAAAUAAGACUGCUCAGUUAGGACAAUUAAGUGCACUGUACAAUUUUCCCAGUUUACAGGUCUAUACUUAAGGGAAAAGUUGCAAGAAUGCUGAAAAAAAAAUUGAACACAAUCUCAUUGAUGAGCAUUAAAAACAAACAAAAAAAACAAAAAAAACUUUGCCAGCCAUUUACUUGACUAAUGAGCUUACUUGGACGCAACAUUGCAGCGCUGUGAAUGGAAACAGAACACUUAACAUAGAAAUGAAUGAUUGCUUUCGCUUCUACAGUGCAAGGAUUUUUUGUACAAAACUUUUUUAAAUAUAAAUGUUAAGAAAUUUUUUUAAAAAACACUUCAUUAUGUUUAGGGGGGAACUGCAUUUAGGGUUCCAUUGUCUUGGUGGUGUUACAAGACUUGUUAUCCAUUUAAAAAUGGUAGUGGAAAUUCUAUGCCUUGGAUAUACACCGCUCUUCAGGUUGUAUAAAACAUACAUUGGGGAAAGGUUUAAGAUUAUAUAGUACUUAAAUAUAGGAAAAUGCACACUCAUGUUGAUUCCUAUGCUAAAACACAUUUAUGGUCUUUUUUCUGUAUUUCUAGAAUGGUAUUUGAAUUAAAUGUUCACCUAGUGUUAGGCACUAUAGUAUUUAUAUUGAAGCUUGUAUUUUUAAUUGUUGCUUGUUCUCUUAAAAGGUAUCAAUGUACCUUUUUUGGUAGUGGAAAAAAAAAACACAGGCUGCCACAGUAUAUUUUUUUAAUUUGGCAGGAUAAUAUAGUGCAAAUUAUUUGUAUGUUUCAAAAAAAAACAAAAAAAAAGACAAAAAAGUGUGACAUUAUACAGAUAAGAAGCCAUAUAAUGGCUGUUUGGGGAAAACCUGUUAGAAUGUCACACGGAUGGCUGUCACAGAGGGUUGUACAUAUCUUUUUUUUGUUCUUUUUUCCUGCUGCCAUACUGUAUGCAGUACUGCAAGCUAAUAACGUUGGUUUGUUAUGUAGUGUGCUUCUUGUCCCUUUCCUAUCACCCUACAUUCCAGCAUUUUAACUUCAUAUGCAGUAAAAGAAAGAAAGAAAAAAGGAAAAAAAACAAUGUUUUGCAGUUUUUUUCAUUGCCAAAAACUAAAUGGUGCUUUAUAUUUAGAUUGGAAAGAAUUUCAUAUGCAAAGCAUAUUAAAGAGAAAGCCCGCUUUAGUCAAUACUUUUUUGUAAAUGGCAAUGCAGAAUAUUUUGUUAUUGGCCUUUUCUAUUCCUGUAAUGAAAGCUGUUUGUCGUAACUUGAAAUUUUAUCUUUUACUAUGGGAGUCACUAUUUAUUAUUGCUUAUGUGCCCUGUUCAAAACAGAGGCACUUAAUUUGAUCUUUUAUUUUUCUUUGUUUUUAUUUUUUUUUAUUUGGAUGACCAAAGGUCAUUACAACCUGGCUUUUUAUUGUAUUUGUUUUCUGGUCUUUGUUAAGUUCUAUUGGAAAAACCACUGUCUGUGUUUUUUUGGCAGUUGUCUGCAUUAACCUGUUCAUACACCCAUUUUGUCCCUUUAUUGAAAAAAUAAAAAAAAAAUUAAAGUACACAA